AUGUAUCUCAUCAACGUCUCAACAUACGAACUCGAAGAAUUCCACGGGAACAUUCCUCAAUAUGCAAUACUAUCACACACAUGGGGUCCUCAAAGCAACGAAGUCCUCUUCCACGAGAUGCAAAACUGUUUAUCAGACAUCAGACUCAAAAAGGGCUUCAAGAAAAUCGAAUUAUGCGCCGAACAAGCUAAAAGAGACAAACUCCAGUAUUGCUGGGUAGAUACCUGCUGUAUCGACAAGUCAAGUAGCGCAGAACUUUCAGAAGCUAUCAACUCCAUGUUUGCCUGGUAUAGAAACUCGGCCGUUUGCUAUAUUUAUCUCGAUGAUGUCGUUCAUUUGGAGGGGUCCAAUGGGAGAGAUGAUUCUUUUAAGAAUGCAAGAUGGUUUACGCGUGGAUGGACAUUGCAAGAGCUCGUGGCUCCACGAGUCCGUCAAUUUUACGAUGUGAACUGGACGAGAAUCGGAUCCAUCUCGGAGAGUCACUACAGUCAGCAUUUCGUCAACGGCUUUCUUCGCAAGUCUUCGGCUGUGGAGCUUCAACUGAAUCCUUUUCUACCCGAGCGGAGUAAUAUCCCAGGCCAAGUCUCUCAGAUCACUGGAAUUCCGGAUCAGGUUUUCUUCACUGGAGAUUUGGCUUCUUUCUCAGUUGCUACGAGAAUGUCGUGGGCGUCGAGACGUGAGACGACACGCACUGAGGACCAAGCGUAUUGUCUACUGGGAAUCUUCGAUGUUCAGAUGCCGCUCUUAUACGGAGAAGGAAGUAAAGCUUUUAUACGUCUUCAAGAAGAGAUUAUCAAGCGACAGCCAGAUCAUACGCUCUUUGCAUGGCGUUCGGAGCCGAAUUCGCCCACCCCUACGUUUAGCGGCCUCCUCGCACCGUCACCCAGAAACUUUUCAAGUCAAUAUUGCCAGGGCCUAUCGUCUAAGCACGUUGAUAUGCCAUAUGAGAUGACAAAUAAGGGUCUACACUUACAAGUACGACUGAUCAAGAGCCGAAAAGCUCCUGACGAAGUCUACGCCAUCUUGGAUGUGAGCCAUAGAUCGAAUCCGAGAAAAGAUGUUUGGUACGGUAUCAGGCUUGGAAGACUGAACCAGGAAGGCCAAUUUGCUCGUAUCAAUUCGGAUGAGCAGAUGAUUACUGAGGCUGAAUCGGUAGAUACACUCUACAUCAAGCCCAGUCACAUCUAUGUGCAAAAUUUUAUAAACCACGAAUCGCCUCUAUACGACCGGCAGAAACCGAGUAAAGUGAUUCUUGGCUGUGCGUUGGGAACCAUGCUCCUCACCAUUCUUGAAGCAUCAGGCUCAAAGAGCUGGGAUGAUAAAUCCUUUAGCUUCUGCCCUUCUCAAGAUGAUCUUUUCUAUGCCAAGUUAGCUUUUGAAAACACACCCAAGCUACGAAACAUGUCUUUCUUGACGAUAGGAUGGAUCGUAAGCAAAGAUGAUAUCGAGGGUUUAACCUCGCGUCUGGCCAUCCUUUCUGAACUUGGAGACUUGCACAAACCAGAAACUGUGUGGGAAAAUGGGAUUAGAUCUGGAAUCGCAAAGAUCUAUUGUGAAAAGACUCUUAGUAUUAUUAAUGGAGAGAUGGUGGUUAGAAUAGUACUUCGGGAUCAAAUAAUUUAA